CUCUUUUCACUCACGGAUUUUAAGUGCAAGCUGUGAGCGGUUUAACAUGGCCGCUGUGCUCCGGAGUUCCGAAGUUCAACCAAUACUUAGAUAUUGAGUGUAAAUACAGUACGCUGCUAGAUAUAUAGUUAACAGUACAUUGCUAUCGCAUAUAGGAGCUCUGAUAAACUCCUCUAUAAGUUUUCUUAUGAGUCGAAUCUGGAUUUACCUGUUUUCUGCGCUGUGCGCGCUGGUCUUGUCAGGUGUAUAUCAGGUGGAGGGAAUGGAGGUGCUUACAUCUUCAGAGUUGGAGGCUGUCAAUGGGACAAAUGUACGUCUCAAAUGUACAUUUAAAUCUACCCAUCCGCUCUCAGAUGAAAAAAUCUCUGUAUCCUGGAGCUUUCAGCCACUCGGAAAGUCGUCAACAGAAUCGAUUUUUCACUACCACAGAGGUGCAUAUCCCCCAUCAGAAGGCCCGUUUAAGGAUCAUGCUGUAUGGUCUGGUGAUGUAAUGAAAGGUGACGCAUCCAUCAUGCUGCAGGAUGUGCAGUUCAACUUUAAUGGUACCUACAGCUGCCAAGUCCGAAAUCCACCUGACAUCCAGGGCUUUGCAGGCGAGAUCAGCCUCAGAGUUGUUCAAAAAGUUUCAUUCUCUGAAAUUGGAAUUCUGGCUGUAGCUGUGGGUGGGUCCAUUGGCGUCGUUCUCCUCAUCCUCAUCAUCUAUAUUAUUGUGCGGGUUUUCCGGAGACGGGACAAUGACAUGAGUGUUGAGAUGGAGGACUACACAUCAAAGGAUCAAGUGCUGUGAGAGGGAACGCCUGGCUUUUAGUGAGGAGUGAUACAUGUAAUAAUAACACAUGCCACAGUAUUCUCUAAUUGUAUGAAAUAACACAAUAUCUAGAUGUCAGAUCUUAAUUUUUACUAAUAAUAAUUUUACAGAGACUUUUUAGUAAUCAUUACAUUAUUAUUAUUUUUUUUUUUUACAUUUUGUUUGUUGACUUUUUUAAUGUAUGAAAACAGAGGGGGGGUAUAAACACACUUUAUACUUAAAGUGAGAUCAUCUAGCCUUUUAUUCUUAAAAAGAUAUGAAAUACCAGUUCAAAUAUGUAUAUAAAACCUGACUGUUGCUGCCUGUAGGUAUGAUUGAGAAUUUUUAUGUCACUCACUUCAUUCUGUGUUUGUCUGUUGCACUGUUUUAUGGCAGUUUGUGCGGUCACACAUGUAUGUGAUGUUCAAAUCUACAUAUGCGCUUUUGUGCAUGUGUAUGUCUGCAUACGUGUGUGGGUGUGUUUCUGUGUAUGAACACAUUAUAUGUGGAUCACAAAUCUGUGUGGCAAAGAACUGUUCUUUUAAAAGUGCAAUAUAAAUUUUAAAACCUUUUGUAAAACAUCAGUAAAACACCAGUAAAACAUUUUGUAAAUAUAUGGAUGGAUCAAAGAGGAACUGCAUGAAAAAAUUAUUGAACAUGUUGUACUUGGCCCUUGAUUGUUCUUUCUAUUGCACAUCUCAUUGCUUGAACCUCAAAUCUUCAGGGUUUUGGGAUUCUCUGUUCAUCAGUGCUGCUGAUUAAGAUUUUGCUAUUUAUAACAUUUCUUUCAUAUGAGUGAAUCCAUCCUUUAAUCCUAGUUUAAAAUGAAAUACUGUGAUCUCUGUUGAUCACAAUUUUUUUUUCUUGUUGGUUUUGUUACAUUUUACAAAAAUGUUUAUAGAUUUUUUUUUAUUUGUUUUUUUAUUGACAUUUUAAAAGUAAAAAAAAAAAAAAUCUUUUUUGAAAACCUAUUGUGGAUGUUAUGUUCUCUUUGAAAUUUUGACAUGGUAAAGCUAGUUUUAAAAGCUGUACAAGCAACAAAUGUUUUGUUUCAUUUCAUUUCAUUUCAUUUCACCUACUGCCAGUCAGGACUUUUGUGAGGCUAAAAUGCUAAAUUUAGCUCUGCUAGUUUUGGUUGUUUUUAAUAAAUUUCCAGAUUUAAAGGGGGACUCGGUAGUAUUUCAUCUACACUGUUUGGAGGUUAGUCGGGCCGAUACCAACAACAAACGUCUAGCCAAUCAGCAUUAGGGGGCGUAUGACGGUUGAGGAGAGAGAACGAGCAAGCAGGAGAUUUAAAAAUAAGAAAAAGGAAAAAAAAAAAAAACUGCAGAACGAGAAAUGGGACUCAAUACAAAACAGCUCAAAAGAAUAUCACUGGAAUGAAGGUUUAUGACUGGGCAAGCGCUUUAGGACCCGCGUUAAUAUUAGAAAAGCUUUCCAGCGCUGGAGAGAGCUAAGUGGGAAGACUUGAAAACAGACUUGGAGGCUGCUUUGAUCCCGCUCAUGUGAGUAACACUGGGUUUAGAUUGUCUGGAGCUGCUGUGCUGUUUGCGACGAACACUUUGUAUUUACUCUUGUAAACAUAGCCAGAUAGUGAGAGUUGUGCAGUUAAACCACUGCACAUGGACGACCGCUAGAAAAUGCUGUGUUUAGCGUCAAUGUUAAUGCAAUCGCCUCGCAUGCCUGGGGUCAGGGUUCGAGACUGACUUGGAGUAGGGUGGUUGGGAUUGGAGUGUGAGGUUUGGAGGUGGAGUAAUAAAGAGAGGGGUGGGUUUGUUUGGGUUGAUUUCAAAUAUCAACGAUGUCCAACAGUGUUGUUCAAAUUCAACUUAGAGCACCUUUAAGUAUGACUAUUAGACAAUUUAUUCAAAGUAGACUGAUUUAGUCAUUGUAAAAAAAGAAACACAAGUAAGAAUACAAACAAGACUGAACCCUUUUAAAAUUGGACAUUGCUUUACCAUGGAAAUAAAACCUUUUACCAGGUUCAA